AGGAGAGAGGGGUACGGGAUCGGCAAAUGACCACACACCGGGAAUCAAACUCCGGUUGCCGAAAGUGCAUAAGCCCACUACACCAUCGGCUCAGACCUAUCAUCUUGUUUUGUGUGGGAUUCUGGCGGUUUCUGGCAUUACAAGCUUUUGUUAACCGUAGCAAGUUGGCAUAGUAAGGUUAGGGUUAGUUGACUGCAUCAUGCCGGAAGAGCCGCAGGCGCAUCUCAAGACGUUCUGCAAUCCAUUCCACUCCCUCUUGUAUGCCAGGUUUUUUUAAAGUGCACCUGUUUCAUUGCUAAUAAAACAACGUUAUUUAGUGUAUUUGGUAUAAUGCAGUGUGUUUGUGUGGUUUAUGGUUAAAAGAAACCUUAUUUUCCACAUACCGUACAUUUUUGUAGCUCCAGAUUUCACUUUCUUCCUGAAACGCACUGAUUUGAAAAGCUCUGUUUCUCUGAUUGGCCAGCUGAUCUGUACAUUGUGAUUGGCCUAAAUACCUCUAAUGUCAGUCGGAAACGUGACGCUCCUUACUAUAUUUGAAAGAUUCGGUUGCUAACAGGAGUUAACUUACAGGCUGUGAGUCUGAAGCGGGAGGAAUUAUUAUAAUGUCGGUCUUGUUUACAUCACCAAUCCCAGGAAGUAAACUGUUGCCUACAAUCCGUGUGUUUGUUGUAGUCCAAGAAAAGAGAUUAACGUUGGAGACGAUAACUCACAUAAUGGUUUACUUUGGGGUUUGUACCUUUUGCAUAUCAUUAACAUGAACUAAUACACACUUAAGGGCGAUUUAUAGUCGUGCGUAGGUCUAUCCGUAGCCUGUGCGUAGCUCUGCGUAGCCUGACGCGCACCUCAUAAAAUUUCUAACAGCGUGUCGGCUCUACCCGGACCGCAAGCGCUGUGAUUGGUCCACCAGAACCCCUCCCGUCAGGUAAAAAAAACUGUGUCAUAGGUAUUUCCGUUUGAGACGGUGAAAACAAAGAUGAGCCAAGUUGAAGAGUGAUUUAACUCAAACUGCAACAUAAGUCGCUAUUUAUUUAUUUCCAUCAUUGCUGGUCUUCUCAAAUUAUACACAACAAGUUGCUAUUUCUUCUUCGUUUGUGGGUUAACUUGCUUAGCUUCUUCUUCUGUGACGACUUCUGCUGCUACUGUGGUUACACGCGUGAUUACUGCCAACCAGCGGACGCGGAACCUACGCCGUUGCUGCUACGCCUUAGGACCUACGCACGACUAUAAAUCGCCCUUAACUUACACACCAAAGGAAAUUUAAAAACAUAAACCGGACCAUAGGUGCUCCUUAAUAAUAUUUACUGUGUUUGAAAAAAACCUGGUAUACUGUUUGAUAACCUAAAUCACCCAGCACUAUGUCACCGAGCAGUUUUCAGUGUUUGUCUUGUAUAGAGAUUAUUUUGAGACAUUUAUGUUACGCAGAGGUGUAUUUCAAUGAGGGUUAGGGUUAGGGCAGGUUUCUUCUAUUUUCACCGCAUGACAACUCCCUUACAAAGUGUGGAUGAUUGAAGCUGCAUUGGCCUCGUGUUAAAUCCCCUCAGCACAGUCAUUUAACAAGCGAUAGAGAGGUAAUUCUGGAUGAAUUUCAGAAGCUGCCCUCAAAAGCUUCUCUCGCCAUCAAACUCGACCCGCAAUGGUUAAGGGCCUCCCAAAUACGAAGGCGUUAUAUAUGAGUUCUCACUGAUGGGCUGAUGUGUGGUUUUGUAGGGGCCGGUAUCUCUCUGCCCCACCACAAUGACCUUGUGCUGAUUGGCCUGUGUCUGGUCUGAGCGUUUAUCUUUCUCCCUCUGCAUUCUGAGUAUCGAUGCGGCAGCAUCAAGUCCCAACGUGCCGUGCCCAGGGUGCCACCAGCCCCUCCCCUCCCCGAGCGACGCUGCACACUCACGGCCUAAGAUCCAUCUCUUCUCCCGGAUGGAGACGUUCUUCCGUUACUCCUCGUGUUACCACAUUUCCGUGUCCCGGGUGCCAGCAUGACAUCGAUCUUGGGGAACGAGGGAUCAGCAUGCUCUUCCGCAACUUCACACUUGAGAGCAUCGUGGAGCGCUACAGACAGGCGGCCCGUGCGGCGGUGGCCAUCAUGUGCAACAUGUGUAAACCACCAGUUCAAGAGGCCACCAAAAGCUGCAUGGACUGCAAGGCCAGCUACUGCAAUGAAUGCUUCAAGAUGCACCACCCUUGGGGAACGCCUAAAGCCCAGCACGAGUACGUGGGGCCCACCGCCAACUUCAGACCAAAGGUGUUAAUGUGCCCUGAACACGAGAUGGAGAAAGUCAACAUGUACUGCGAGGUGUGUCGACGACCGGUGUGUCACCUCUGCAAGCUGGGCGGAUCUCACGCUAAUCACAAAGUGACUUCCAUGAGCAGUGCCUACAAGAUCCUUAAGGAGAAGCUGUCGAAGAGUAUCCAUUACUUAAUAAGCAAAGAGGACCAAGUGAGGGUUCAGAUUUCUGAGCUGGAGGUGUUGAUUCAUCAAACUGAGGAAAGCGGACAGCUCGCAGAGCGACGCGCCAACGAAUGCUUCGAACGACUCUUUGAGAUCCUUCAAGAAAGAAAAAGCGAGAUGUUGCGUUCCAUCGAGCAGUCGAGGACCCUGCGCGUGGAGCGUCUGCGUGCUCAGGUGGAGGGCUAUCAGGGGAUGCUGGAGAACAGCGGUUUGGUGGGCUACGCACAGGAAGUUCUCAAGGAGACCGAUCAGUCCUGCUUCGUGCAGACGGCUAAACAGCUUCACGUCAGGAUUCAGAAAGCCACAGAGUCACUGAGGACGUUCCAGCCGGCGGCGAACCCAUCGUUUCAGGAGUUUCUUCUGGACGCGACCGGGGCUGAAAUCUCACUCAAGGAUCUCAGCUUUGGGGGUGUUCCUGACCCUCCCGUGAUCGAUCUGUCCCGUUCACGUGUUUACAAUGAAGGUCUGAUCCACUGGAGGCUGUCUGAAGACGCUGUGCCAUCAGACCGUUACGUUGUAGAGUUCAGAAGUUUGAGCGGUGAGGACGGAGAGCCGGACUGCUGGAGGACGUCUGAGCCCGUGUUUGGCAGCAGUACGGUCGUCUCCGAUCUCGACAGCGACUGUCGAUACGUCUUCAGAGUGAAGGUCUGUCGUAAUGACGUCUUCAGCCCGUGCGGUCCUGAGGUGAUUUUUCACACCCCUCCAGCGCCAGUGUUUGGCUUUCUGUUUAACGAAAGAUGCGGAUUCAAUACUGAGCGACUGCAGCUGAGCAAACCCAGGGAUUCGGUGGAGAGCGCAGCUGGAAUGACUUUACUUCUGGCUGCUGAACGCGUGCAGACAGGAAGUUACAUCUGCCUUGACUACAUCACUGGAGAUACGGGCAUCUCGCAUGGACGCCAUUACUGGGCUUUCCGUGUGGAUCCCAAUUCAUACAUGGUGAAAGUGGGAGUGGCAUCUGACUCCAAACUAACAGAGUGGUUUCAUAACCCCCGCGAAACCAGCAGUCCCCGGUACGAUCAUGACAGCGGCCAUGACAGCGGGAGCGAGGACACCUGCUUGGAGACGUCACAACCCUUCACUUUGCUCACUGUGGGCAUGGGAAGGAUUUUUAUUCCCAAAGCCUCAAUCACUGCUUCCUCAGGGGAUCAGGGCAACCGCGUCCUCCCCAUGCCACAGAGAAUUGGAGUUUGCCUGGACUACGAUGCUGGUCGUGUCUUUUUCUAUGAUGCUGACACCAUGCGGUGCCUGUUUGAGAGACAAGUGGAAUGUUCUGGUACCAUGUACCCGGCGUUCGGGCUCUUGGGCGGUGGGGCGAUUCAUCUGGAGGAGUUUAUCACGGCCAAGCGGUUGUCAUACAUGUGAAAGUGUGUUUCGGAUGCUGGUUUCAUGCUUCUAAAUAACAGCCAAUCGUUAUGCGGUCGGUGAGUCUGAUUUGUGAGCUGAGUUCAACUUAAGACCCACGUGCCUUCGACAACAUCAGCCACGUAUCCACACAACACAUCAUCAGGUCUUGUGAAAAAACGCAUGCAACGCAGGGGCACUUUAAUACACAGUCACGUAACGCAAAGCCUCACGUUGACACUUUCUGAAUCGUGUGCACGUACACCAUGUUUUAUUCUUUCAUAGUUUACAUUCAGUUAAAUGAUCUUAAAAACAAGGGUUUCAAAGUUUUACACCGUAUGACAAAUCACACCUGAACCUGAUAGUUGAGUUGUGCACUAUUUAACUUUCUCUUUCUUUCUUUCUUUCUUUCUUUCUUAUUUUUUAUUAAUGUAGCAGCACCUGCAGCACUAAGCAUUAUUACACCGUUAAAUGUUUCAAACUCCUGUGUUCAAAAUUUGGUGCUCAGCGUAACCAAAAUCUGAUUUAUAUUAGGCAAGUUAUAACACCUUUACUAUGCACUGUCUUUGACGUGGCUGAUAUCUUGACUUACCUUAACUAAUAUGGCCUUACUGAAUAACUACAGACAGAUUACUGGCUAGAAAGAGAGUUUUAGUCAUUCAUUCAUCAGUGGGUCUGCAGACAAAGCGUCUAUAGCUUUUAAGCUACCUCUUAUUUAAAUCUUUGAUUAAUCAAAAGUGUGUUGUGUUGUUGUACGGCACUACUAGACUUGUUUUAUUUUGAACUCCUUUGGAGAAAACCUCAAAGAUGCUGAUGCGGUUGAUUAUUGAAGAUCUGCAUCAUCUUCAAGCGAGACGUCUCAUCGUUUCACAUCUGAAGCGCAGGUUUGAGUAACAUUUUAAAGGGACACUACACUUUUUUGAAAAUAUGCCCAUUUUCCAGCAAACUUUAAAAAAAAAGAGCUAAUUUUCAAAAAAAGUGGAGUGUCCCUUUAAGGACACAUCAUACUACUGAUGAGUGCGAUAUACUGGACAUUUAUUUCCCUCUUGGUCAAUCUCAUGAAUUAUUUUUAGCAGUAAAAACAAUGUAAUCCUACAAAUGGACAUUUAUAAUUGUGUGGUCACACUAUGUUAUGUCUGUUUAUGAGCAACCCAUGACUACUUUAAAUAAUUAAGGUUAUACGUGUGUGAGAUCAUUUAAAAAGUGAUGUAUAAUUAAUAUCUGUGUGGUGUUUCCAAAUCUCCUGCUAAACUGAGAUGAUUGUGUGUGACUAUCUGUAAUAUUUACUCGUUCCUUUUCUCCUCCUUGUCCUCACACGGUCACCUUCAGAAAGCUUGCACUGGAUGUUUUUUGCGGUUGUGAUUGAACAUUAAUGUUUUGGGAACCUGUAACCAAAUGCUUUGCUUGUUUCGUAUAAAUGUUCGACUGAGUCUCCUAUGAACUGUUGCGGUUUGUAGCGUAUGAGUGUGACAGUGAUCUGAAGUCAAUAGUUAAGGGAAAACUUUGUUAUUCACUGGUAAACUAACCACUUUAGUUCUCAAGCGUGCACUUUAAAGCAUGUAAGCUCGUGGGCUUGAUGCAAGUAGAUUUAAAGCAGUUGUAAUAACAUUUUAAACACAGCUGGCGCUGGAUAUGAUGCUUUAAUGGAAAUAAGUUAAUUGUCAACUGUCUUGAUGAUUUUAUUUUGAAUGUAGUGUGUUUUGUUUUUGGAUAAAAAAUAAAUGACUGUCCUUUUA